AUGGAUCUUCCAGUACAAGACUUUUCGAGUCGAUAUUAUUGGGCUCGAGCAAUAAGUCCUUUGCGAUGUUGUGGAUGCUUCAGUAAUCGUCUCGGUAGUGGUGUCGCAUGUCUUAUAUGGGCGGCCCUCAGCUUUUAUUUCGCGGUACUUGCAUUCAUGAGUCGUAGUCCUUUCUAUUCACAUCUUGACGACGUACCUCUCAUUGUUUUUGGUGUAAUCAACUUGAUAUUCGGCUGCAUCACACUUGCUGGAUUUGUGAUCAUAUUGGUAUUAACGCCUCGGUAUGUGCGUGUACGAAUCAUGGUGUACAUUAUCGGUAUUGGUGUCGUUAUGGUGCUUGUCGACAUGCUGGUGAACUUUAUCCUUUUCGCAGCCAACCAAGAUGGGUUUCAAUCAUGGUGCAUUGACCACUCGAAAAUGAUUGUCCAAAACAGCUUACAGCAACAACAAGGAGAUGGAGGAAGCGACAACUUGAAUUUGCCGAGUGAUAUGGAUUAUUACAAUUGUGAUCGACUAUUUGCAAACCAGAUGAAAUGGUCUCUUCUUUCAGUAUUUGCCAUGUUUUUGGUUUAUAUCCAUUGGAUGCUGGUCAUUACAGCUUUUGCUGGUACAUCCUUCUUCCUUAUUCCACCACGCGUUGCAGCACCACCACCACCGCCACCAGCAACUGUAGGGCCUCCUCCUUCUGAUAUGGCCGUUCCUGGAACUGAGGUGUUGGGCAAUUUGCCACCAUCAACCAAGUCCUACAAGGGUGUGAGACCGUUUAGAAAAAAGACGGAUGCGAGUAUCUUGGCUAUGCUUGGUCUCAAGAUCAAUGACUCUGGGCGUAUUAUUCACAUAGCAGAUGAGCACAAUUUACCAUACUAUGAGGAUCGUCCUCGUGAUAGUAGUUACCAUUACGCAGAUGCAUAUUCCAAAGAAGGGUUACUUUGA